ACGGACUUCAGUAAAUCAACAGCGUUUACCGCCGCACUACCCCGGAAACAGGGGACAUCAAAAUGAAGUGCUGGGCACUCUUGGUCACCCUUGGGUGCGUAUUCGUUGCCCCGAUCGGAAGCGUCCCUGCUGGUCUCUCGCGCGUCAAAAGAUCCCACCAUGAACCCGAAGGCUACUGGAGCAAGAAACUAGUCUGGAAGACGGAAUGGGUCAAGAUUUGGAAAACCGAAAAGAAACUCAUCUGGAAAACAGAAUGGAAGAAGUCGCAAGUACCCGCUUGGAAGGAGAUACAAGUACCCAUCUGGAAAGAGCACCAAGUUCCAGACUGGAAGACCAUAACGAAACCGAUAUGGAAAGAAACUCAAGUCCCCGCUUGGAAGGAAAUCCAAGUCCCUGAUUGGAAAGAAGUUCAAGUUCCCGCCUGGAAAGAAAUCCAAGUUCCAGACUGGAAGGAAAUUCAAGUACCGGACUGGGUGGAGCGCCAAGUGCCGGACUGGAAAGAAAUCCAAGUCCCCGACUGGAAAGAAAUCCAAGUCCCGGACAAAAAACAAAUCUGGAUUCCCGUUUGGAAAGAAAUCCAAGUACCCGCUUGGAAAGAAAUCCAAGUUCCCGACUGGAAGAAAAUCUGGGUGCCGGAAUGGGUAAAGGAGGGCAUCCCUGGAGAGCACUAUUUGGGCAAAGAUCACCACGGCAGCGAAUACACUGCACACGACCUGUGGAAGAAGAAACUCGUCUGGAAACCUGUAUGGAAGAAGAUCUGGAGAACCGAGAAGAAACAAAUCUGGAUUCCGAAGAAAAAACUAGAGUGGAAACCCGACUGGAAGACAGUCUGGCGUACCGAAAAGAAACAAAUCUGGAGAACCGAAAAGAAACAAAUCUGGAGGACGGAAAAGAAGCAGAUCUGGAGAACUGAAAAGAAGCAGAUCUGGAGAACCGAAAAGAAACAAAUCUGGAUUCCGAAGAAAGAGCAGAUCUGGAGGACGGAAAAGAAGCAAAUCUGGGUCCCGAAGAAAGAGCUGAUCUGGAAGCACGAGAAGGUCCAGAUCUGGCGCACCGAAAAGAAACAGGUUUGGGUCACCGAGAAGAAGCAAAUCUGGAAGGACGUGUGGAAGAAGAUUUCCGUUCCGGUGUGGAAGAGCAUCGAGGUCCCAGCCUGGAAGAAGGUCUCGAAACCCAUCUGGGAGAAGGUCUGGGUGGCGGUCCACCACCACGACCACCACGGCUGGGACUGAUCUCGUUAUUCUCUAGUUUUCUGUACAUAAUUCUUAUCCUCUAGUACAAAUGCUGUAUAUAUCAGGUUCGCCAGUGAGUUGAUUCUUGUUAUUUUUAAGCUUUUAUAUUGUUAUUUGUUUAGUUCUAAGUACAAUAAACCGAAUUU